UGCAGGGUUUCGACUGCCCCUUUCAUUUCUCCCGUUCCCAUCCUCUAGCGGCUCUGGGUUCUGGAUAGCUCCAAGAUUUCUCGCAGCUCAAGUACAAACUCUCGAUUGAUCUUGCCAAUAGAAAAGACCGGGACAUGGGGGUCUUGUCACAAUCUAUCAAGAACUCUAGCCAGGCUGCCAGAGACGACGUUGUAGCCAGUUCCCGUUCAUAUUCCACCAUUUUAGGGCUUUGCUGCUUCUGUUUAUCUUCUGCGUAGAGCUCAUACAUGUAGGAAACAGGGAACUGAUCAGAUUAAUGCAAGCAUAAGCCAUGGUGAUCUUCCGGUGCCUUGCACGGAACCGACCAGAGUGGCUGUGGCAGCAGCAGAGUUGCCGCACCUUUGUAGAUGCAAAGAUCAAAUGGGUUCGAGAACGAGGGCUCGACCAUGCUGUUGAGAAGGAGAAGCACCUGAGGCCUAUGCUUGCCCUCAAGAGCCUCAUCAAGUCUGAGCCCUCCAAGUCCCUCCCUGUCUCCGUUGCUGCUGAGAACAAAGAACGCCUCUCCCUCCCUUACCGAGCCAUUGAAUUCAUCCGCCGUUAUCCUUUCGUCUUUGAAGAGUUCCGCCCUAGUGGUUCUGGUGUACUUCCCCAUGUCCGCCUCACUCCUGAAGUCCUCAGCCUUGAUCAAGAUGAACAGUUAAUCUAUGAUAACCCAGACCACCGGCAAACUGCUGCUGAUCGGCUUCUCAAGUUGCUCAUGCUUACCAGAGUAAAUAAGCUUCCCCUGCAUGUCAUUGAUCGCCUGAGAUGGGAUCUUGGUCUCCCUCCCGAUUAUGUCCGCACUCUUGUCCCCGACUAUCCGGACUACUUCCAAGUCACCAGUGUUACAUCUGAUACGUCACCUGGUUCUGAAGUGCUUGCAUUAGAGCUGGUUUGCUGGAUAGAUGAGCUUGCUGUCUCCACUAUGGAAAAGAGGGCCAUGGCCAAAUCAGACCCCACUUUCAGGAAGGGGAUGCCCCUUGCAUUUCCCCUCCAAUUCUCUAGAGGUUUUGAUAUGGAGAAAAAGGUGAAGAAGUGGGUCGAUGAAUGGCAGAAACUGCCUUAUAUCUCACCCUAUGAGAAUGCUCUGCAUCUUCAACCCAAGAGUGAUCAGGCAGAGAAAUGGACAGUUGCUAUAUUGCAUGAGCUCCUCCAUCUCCUUGUUUCGAAGAAAACUGAUAGAGACCACAUUCUCUGCCUUGGUGAGCAACUAGGACUGCGUUCAAGGUUUAAGAGGGCCUUGCUUAACCACCCGGGUAUUUUUUACCUUUCAAAUAAGAUUAGGACACACACUGUAGUUCUCAGGGAGGCUUUCAAGAGGGACCUCUUGGUGGAGAAGCAUCCGAUGAUGGGUAUGAGGUACCAGUAUAUUCAUCUUAUGAACAAGGGAAGGGACCAGUCAUCUGGCACAUCGGACGGUAGUCGCCAGCAAGCUUGGAAGACGGGGGCUACCAAGGGAGAUGAUGGUAGUGAGGACGAACAGCAUGAAGAGUCUUAUGGCUCAUCGUGGUCCGAGGCUGAGGAUGUUAGUGAUGAUGAUGAUGCAGAUGACAAUGAAGAGGAUGAGGAUGAUGAAGAUGAAGAUGAAAAUGAGUCUGCCACUAGGAGUGCUGUUUUGGGUAGAGAGAGAAUGAUUAGGAACCCCCACAUUGAGUUGAAGAGACCUUUUAGAUCUUCUGUUCAAGAAAGAUCUGUUGGAGGAUACUCAAAUAGAAGAGGGGACAAAAAUCCUGAAACUUCUGGAAGAAGAACAUCGUACAGAGGGCAUAAAGCUGGUGUGAGAUCCUAGGGGGGGAUCAAACUAUUCAAGAAGUGGGAAAGGCUCCAGGAGAAAGGAAGAUUUCUAUUUCGUGGAAUGGAGGUUAAUUCUGAAACAUCAUAUUUGUGAUGGUGGACAUUGACAUUCCUCUGCCACCCUAUGUUACCUGACGAUGACAAUGAUAUUGUUUUGAUGAAAGAGCCCUUAUUCUAUUGUUGCCAAUUUACUGUUGUACCCUUUUUUUUUUUUUGAAGUUUUUUGACCUGGAAACUUCAGGAAAUCUGAAAGGAAGGAAUUCCUGUACAGCUAUUUUGAUAUGCUUCUAAAUUAUUUUAGUGAAUGUAAGUGUACAAUAUAAAGGAUACUGUCUGGAAAACUUGAAUAAAUGGUUUGUAAAAGAGUGGUAGGUGAAUGCAAAGGAUAUUCGAUAAUUAAGUUUGAA